CUCCCGCUGUGGGAGGAAGUGACGCCGCACGCGGAUCCGCGGCCUCGGUGACAUUCUGUGAGGCAGUGGUGGGGGGGGGGGGGGCGACGGCGGCGCGGCUCAGACCUGGCUCGUUCUGUCCGUCCAUGCCCGGCUGCUGCGGCUCGGUGGGGACGGCAGCGGGGCCCCGCGUCCUACAGGCUGCUGCAUUGCUGAAGUCCAUCUCCUGUUCAUCCAGUCUUCCAGACCACGUGCUCCAUGCUUUGAGACCAGGAGGACCUUGGUGUUCUGAAAUGAAGAUGGAGGCGGUGGGAAAAGCAGAAGAACUUGAUUCGCAAGUUCCACCAAAGACUUCUGAAAAGCAAGAAACUGUUCCUGAUGAAGAUGGACCUAUAGAACUUGAGACACACACUCAGAAAGACAGUGUGCCCAUUGCAGCAGACUCUGCAGUGCUGUCCUCAAUGCCUUGCUUACUGAUGGAACUAAGGCGAGACUCCUCAGAGUCUCAGCUAGCAUCUACGGAGAGUGAUAAGCCAAUGGGUGGUCGAGUUUAUGAGAGUGACUCUUCUAAUCAUUGCAUGCUUUCCCCUUCUUCCAGUGGGCAUUUGGCUGACUCAGAUACAUUGUCUUCCACAGAAGAGAAUGAGCCCUGUCAGGCUGAAGCUGUUGUAGAGGGAGAUCCUUCUGCGGCGUCUGGGGUUGCAGUUGGGAGGAAAUCCAGGCGAUCCAGGUCCGAAAGUGAAACUUCAACAAUGGCUGCCAAGAAAAACCGACAGUCUAUCGAUAAGCAGAAUGGUCGAGUUACCAAAGUAAAAGGUCAUCGAAGCCAAAAGCACAAGGAAAGAAUCCGGCUCUUGAGACAGAAACGGGAAGCAGCUGCUCGCAAGAAGUACAACCUGCUGCAGGACAGCAGUACCAGUGAUAGUGACCUGACAUGUGACUCGAGCACAAGCUCAUCAGAGGAUGAUGAAGAGGUUUCAGGGAGCAGCAAGACAAUCACUACAGAGAUACCAGAUGGACCUCCUGUCAUACCUCAUUAUGAUAUAUCAGACACAAAUUCAGACUCAGAAGUGGUAAAUGUGGAUAACCUGUUGGCAGCUGCAGUAGUGCAAGAGCACAGUAAUUCCUUAGGGAAUCAAGACUCAGGAUCUGCCUGGAGAACCAGAGGGCUGCUAGAUGAACUGAGCGGUGAUACAGGUCAUUUGGAUCCAGGCUUCCUUGCAAGUGACAAAACCUCUUCUGGUAAUGUCCAGAUCAAUGAAGAAAUUCAUAUCGCCUCUUCUGAUAGCGAAGUAGAGAUUGUUGGAGUUCAAGAACACGCCAGGUGUGUGCAUCCCAGGAGAGGUGUGAUUCAGAGUGUGUCUUCCUGGAAGCAUGGCUCAGGCUCACAGUAUAUUAACACUCAGCAAACGCAAUCAUGGACAGCUGUGACUCCCCAGCAGAAUUGGUCUUCACCCCCUGAAGUAGUAGACCUUACUUUGGAUGAGGAUACCAGGCGCAAAUACCUACUGUAAUUCAAUGUCACCAUGUUUCUGUCCCCAACCCUUCUCCCCUUUAUGGCACAGAAGUUCAUUGUUAAAGCUUCAGCUUCAGAAGCCCUACUUCUGGCAUUGCAAAAUUCAAACUCAUGAAAACUUCAUACAAAUGUAUAUAAUUUCAGUAUAAUUUAAAAUGGUUUCGCUUUCUCCAAGGAGGAUUCCUCCCAGAAUUAAAACCCAAUAGCACCAAAUUUAAAACACAGCUACAGUACUAAUGUGUGUGUGUUAAGAUUAAGAAAUAACUGUGUGCAAACUUAAAUCCUCCCACCUUUUCCCACCUACAGCUUUAGAAUAUUUUUCAUUUAUCAGUAUAUUGAGGUGUGUUUUUUUUUUUGUUAGAAGUUAGUGUUUUGCUUUGUGAGCGUGAGUGAUUUUGAGAAAUGCUGUGUGUUCUCACUGAUUUUAGUGGAAUUGGGGGUAUUCAACACUUGCAAAAACUGGGCCAAGAGUAUUCAUACCUAAGCUGAUUUGGUGUAUACCAGCAGGAGGGACUGUCUUUAAUACAAACGGCCCAUAACAUAUGCACUGAACAGCUUUUAAAGGACUUUUAUUUUGAAUAAUUUUUCAGUUUACACUCUUUCCAGUGCUGUCUUCUGUCUACUUGACUACUGUGUUUCGCUGAUCAUUUCCCACUGCUUAUUACGAUUUAACAUAGUAAUAGUAGUGACUUAGUAGCAGCUGAUUGUUGCAAAAGCACAGGGAAAAAAUAAUAAAAAGGCCCAGCAUCUGUCUCCAUUUUAAAUAUAGCUGAACUUUUCUGCCUGUAUCUGGGUCUUGCCUGGAGUAGGAGAAGGGGAGAAAUGAAACAUUUCACUCAUAGGUCUCAUUUCUGCUGUUGUUUAUUUGCUUCAUUGAGUAUACAACAAAAUUCCAAAGCCCCAGGCUGGCAAAGCACUUUAGCAGCUGACACUGUGGGGCCAUUCAAGUGCUUAAAACCCUUUCCUAAGUGAUGUUGCAGGAUCAGGGCCUGAGGUUGGGAUCUUUGUGGGUUUUUGUUU